CCCCGGGGAGGGGUGUGAAAAGCGGGGAGGCCCGAUGUUAUGGAGAGGUUUGUUAGUGGGCGCGGCCCGUGUUUGUCACAUCGCCUUUGGCCAAUGAGGGGCAUGAGGGGGCGUUUCCUCCCGGACAGGGGAGCGACAGGUCCGUGGCCUGGACAGACAUCCACCCGGCUAUGUCUUCCCCCGAAAUUGCCUCCCUCUCAUGGGGACGGAUGACCGUGAGAGGCUGCCCCACUACCUAUAAAGACUGUAAAGUGUGGCCUGGAGGCAGCCGGACAUGGGAUUGGAGAGAAACAGGCACGGAGCAUGUCCCUGGAGUUCAGCCUGCAGAUGUGAAAGAAGUUCUUGAAAAGGAUGUGAAAACAUUAGUCAUCGGUCGGGGCAUGAGCGAGGCCUUGCAGGUCCCGCCAGCCACAGUGGAGUAUCUGAGGAAGCAUGGGAUUGAUGUGAUGGUCUUGCAAACGGAGCAGGCUGUGAAAGAAUAUAAUAUUUUGGCUUCCCAGGGAGUCAGAGUGGGCGGAGUCUUCCAUUCUACCUGUUAGAGCAGGGGUCCUCAACCUUGGCAACUUUUAAGAUUUGUGGACUUCAACUCCCAGAAUUCUGGGAGUUGGUCCACAAGUCUUAAAGUUGCCAAGGUUGGAGACCCCUGUGUUAGAGGGCAGACACAAAACCCCUCUCUCCGUCUUCCACCUGGCUCCUACGAGGAAAUUAAAAGGAACAUUUUCUCUGUGUGUGCUGUGCCAACUUUUGAACACGUUCCAGCCAGGAAUAAAACCAUUUGCCCAAAAAAAAUAAAGGCCCCAGCCAAUUUUA